AUGCCACCCGCUCUGAGCGACGACGAAAACUCCGACUUCGAGGAGUUCACUACACCCCCGCGCACUGCUCGCAAGAAAUCAACAUCAGCUGUGGUGGCUGACAAGUUUGGAGACACCAAAGACGGGUCAGAGGAAGAGUUGGAUGAAGACGAUGAUGAGGAUGAGGACUUGGACGAGGACGAGUUCGUUGUCGAAGCGAUCAAAAAGCAUCUCAUCGACGAGGAUGGUAGUCUGAAAUUCCAAGUCAAUGAAUCUGCUCAAGAAAUUCUAGACCAAUAUUUGGACAAGCUCGGAGGCCGAGAGAAGCUAUUCGAGGAGACAGAAACCGCGUCCAAAACGAAGAAGCGGCGCCGAGCUACAAACGGUGGCACGCCUAGCACCACCGCCUCAACAACAAAACGAUCUCGACGAGGCGAUGCGCACCCGGCCAACACUACACCUCCUGCCACAUCCAAGCCAUGGAGUCCGCCCGCGGGCUCAUGGGAAGAUGAGAUCGAGUCAAUCGAGCUCGAGGAGGACGAAAACAUUGGCAAGAUUAUCGUUUAUCUGAGAUGGAAGAAUGGCAAGAAGACCAAGCACGACACAGAUGUGAUGCUUCGUUUCUACGAGCGCCACCUUAAGAUCGAUAGAGGCGAGAACAAGGAGCUUGUUGAAGGAGCUGAAAACUAG